CUGCCCUGCCCGUGCAGCAUCAAUUUCCAGCGUAAGCGCGGGAUCACGAUUUCUCCGAUCCCCAAUUUCGUUUCUGCCAUCGGCCAUGGGAACAAUACACUCGACUCUCGGCAUCAGCAAUUGAAUCAUGAAUCAUGAUCGCUCUAUCUAAAGUUAAUCCAUUAUCACUCCCGAGUCUUGAGUUCUGAACCAUUUCACAGGGUAUGUCUGACGACAUGCGACCUGGAUUCAUGGUAUGGAAAUUGCAAUAAUGCCCAUUGUCAUCGAAACCGGGCACCAGGCAUAUGGAGUCCGACAGAAGGGAAAGAUCCUUCCGGCAUCACCACUGCGGUCUACACCAACCACUCGCAGACUCGGACACUUUCCUGUUGUCCCCUGGAGCGGCACUUCCGACGUGCGACCCCUAAACUUGUGAUCCCCUGCUCACAUAAUCGGAGUCUAUUGAUGGCAUACAAUGUAAGUCAUCGAUAAGGGUGGAUGUUGUGGGACGGGAAUGGGAACCCUUCCUCCUGCAUUGUCACCGUCCGUGGUCCAUCACAAGGCCCAUAGAUGUGGUCGAUAGGUAUCAGCGGCAUGGGAGGAAUUAGGAUGCGUUGUCGUCAGUCGUCUUUGUCGACAGGGUCACAGCCCAGACCCGGCAGCCUUGCGCCCUGCUCAUCGACCAUGCGACCAUCAACCAGUGGUUUGUUUCUGGUGUCCAAGACAUCGUGAAAGCCCUUUUGGCUGCAUCCAGAUUCGCGAUUCCGGUGGCACACGUCCACGAACCUCCUUUAGGGCCUC